AUGUCAACCUACGAGAUCGAACACAACACCACCGACCCCUCGGCGGCUACUCAACCCCCACGUCGCCGUCGCCCUGACCUGUCCACCUUCUUCGCGACCCUCUCCGAGAUCACCCCAGCUCCCGACCACCGCCCGCAUGCCGUUCCAGUACCAGGCGAUGUCAGCGCAGCCUUCUAUUCGCUCGCCGAGGCAUUUGAAGUCAUGCGCCGCGAUGCAGCCGAUAUGCCAGAGCGAGAGGGUGAGCAAGGCGGCCAGAAUACAGAGGACUUGUUGACUCGGAUGAUCCAAACCCUGCUCAGUGACGCAGACAUGCCACCAAGAGAAGUGGAAGGUGUCAGCGAGGAAUUUUGUGAUACACUCGAGCGCGUCCCCAAAUCAGCUCUCAACUCUUCCCAAGUUUGUCCGAUCUGCAACAAUCCCUUUUUGGAAGAUGAAUACCCGUUAGUCGUUCAGCUACCUUGCCAUCCGACCCAUUUGUUCGAUCUUGAAUGUGUGAAGCCUUGGCUCCGUCUGCGUGGCACUUGCCCGAUGGACCGGUUUGACUUCGCGAAGCAACAGCGCGAGAAGAAGGAGGCUUUGAAGAAGCUUGCGGAAGAUGAUGAAGAGGAGGAAUGGGAUGGCAUGUACGGUUGA